UCACAGAUAGGCGGCACUAAUAUGCAGCACUGAUAGGCGGCACCGAUAGGUGACACUGAUGAUGGGUACUGAUAGACGGCACUGACUGGCAUCACUGCUGGGCACUGACUGCUGGCACUGACUGGCACAACCGAUGGGCACUGACUGGCAGCACUGCUGGGCUGCACUGGUGGGUGGCACUGGUGGGCAGCACUGGUGGGUGGGCACAGGUGGGUGGCACCGCUGGGUACAGGUAGGUGGCACUUCUGGGCACAGGUGGGUGCACUGCUGGGCACAGGUGGGUGCUCUGCUGGGCACAGGUGGGCGGAGCUGAUGGGUGCACUGCAGGGCACAGGUGGGCGGA